GCCGCUCGCGCGCGGGACGGGAGGCUGAGCCCACCCUGCGGCGGCGGCUGCCGGGCGAGCCAUGGGCACGGUGCCGUCCGCGCUGAAGCACUGCCUCAGCUACCAGCACCUCCUCAAGGAGCAGCUGUGGAUCGCGGAGCCGCCCGCGGCCGCGCACCCCGCGCAGGAACCUCAAGCAUCUGGACUGCCUGAGUACAUAAAGAUUGUAGAAGUUGGGCCAAGGGAUGGAUUACAAAAUGAGAAGGUGAUAGUCCCAACUGAUAUAAAAAUUGAGUUAAUCAACCAGCUUUCCAAAACAGGCCUGCCUGCAAUAGAAGUGACCAGUUUUGUUUCAUCCAAAUGGGUGCCUCAGAUGGCUGAUCACAAAGAAGUAAUGAGGGGCAUUGAUCGGCAUCCUGGAGUCCAGUAUCCUGUUCUCACUCCUAAUCUUCAAGGUUUUCAUUCUGCUAUUGCAGCAGGAGCUACAGAAGUCUCGGUAUUUGGCGCAGCAUCUGAAUCUUUUAGCAAAAUGAAUAUUAAUUGUUCAAUUGAAGAAAGCAUAGAAAGGUUUGAAGAAGUCACUAAAUCUGCAAGGAAUAUGAAUAUUCCAGUGCGUGGGUAUGUGUCCUGUGCCUUGGGAUGCCCAUAUGAAGGAAACAUUGUACCAGAUAAAGUGGCAGAAGUAUCUAAGCGGCUGUACAGCAUGGGCUGUUAUGAAAUCUCUCUGGGAGAUACAAUUGGUGUGGGGACGCCUGGAAGUAUGAAAAAAAUGCUGGAAGCUGUUAUGAAAGAAAUUCCUUUGAGUGCUCUUGCUGUUCACUGUCAUGACACUUAUGGCCAGGCCUUAGCCAAUAUCCUCACAGCCAUGCAGAUGGGAGUUGCUGUGGUGGAUUCAUCUGUUGCAGGACUUGGUGGUUGUCCCUAUGCAAAAGGUGCUACUGGAAAUGUAGCCACAGAAGAUGUGAUCUACAUGUUGAAUGGUCUUGGGAUCAACACAGGAGUAAAUCUUUGUGCCGUGAUGGAAGCUGGAAACUUCAUCUGCAGAGCUUUGAACAAGAAAACAAACUCAAAAGUUGCACAAGCUUCCUUCAGUACUGGAACUAUCAAUUAAAUGGAUUUUUCUUUUUGCAGCUUGAUUACAUUUUCCAUUUACCUUGACCAAGAACAUUUGCUUUAGGAAAAGAAACAAGAAAACCAUUGCAUCAAAGAAACAAAAUAGAACCAAUAUAUAAUUUUUUUUUUUUUUUAAAGGGAAAAGUUAUUGUACUGUACUGUCUUGUCAGGAAUUGUCUGAUUU